GCGCCCGUGUUGUGGCGGAAGGAGAUGCUCUCUGGAAGCAGCUGGUGUUGAAAGGAGCGUGGCGGGCAAAGAUGAUUCAGGCGAUUCUGGUUUUCAAUAACCACGGGAAGCCGCGGCUAGUCCGCUUCUACCAGCGUUUCCCAGAAGAAAUUCAGCAGCAGAUUAUUCGAGAGACCUUCCAUCUAGUUCUCAAGCGGGAUGACAACAUCUGUAACUUCUUGGAGGGUGGAAGUUUGAUUGGUGGCUCUGACUACAAACUGAUUUAUCGGCAUUAUGCUACCCUCUAUUUUGUAUUUUGUGUGGAUUCAUCAGAGAGUGAACUUGGGAUCUUGGACCUCAUCCAGGUUUUUGUGGAGACUCUGGAUAAGUGUUUCGAAAAUGUUUGUGAAUUGGAUUUGAUCUUCCAUAUGGAUAAGGUGCACUACAUUCUUCAGGAGGUGGUGAUGGGUGGGAUGGUGUUGGAAACAAACAUGAAUGAAAUCGUGGCUCAGAUUGAAGCUCAGAACAGGCUGGAGAAAUCCGAGGGUGGCCUUUCAGCAGCACCCGCCCGGGCCGUGUCCGCUGUGAAAAACAUCAACCUGCCAGAGAUGCCUCGGAAUAUCAACAUCGGCGAUCUCAACAUCAAAGUCCCCAACCUGUCCCAGUUUGUCUGAGAGUGGAAGAUGGCUGAACUGAGUCCUUGGAACCAGCAAAGCCGAGCCAGUCCUGCAGCAAAACCCGCUCUGCGCCCUAGAGGAGUCCAGCCUCAGGCCGUGGCCCCUGCUGUCCCGAAGCAGGAAGGAGUCCUGUGUCCACUGGCAGCCUGUGCUUGCUUCUCACAUGUGCGGCCUUGCCCAUCUCUUGUACACACAGCCACUGCAGAUGUGAGGGGCCCUGGCUUCCUCAGUGGGGGUCAGGUGCCCAAGCCACUCGCCCCCUUUACCUGCCACGUGCAGCCACUCCCAGGGAUUGCAGACUGUAGUGAGAGGCCCCCCUGCUCCCAGAACCCCACCACGAGGAUGUUCUGUGGCGCGAGUCUUCAACCUUAGCACCACGAGGCUCCCUGAGGUCCUGUAGCUUUGACUUUCCUGGUGAGGUGCCAUAGCGAGAAAAGGGCUGACCCUCUAGAUUUGGGGGUGUGGUGAGUGGCAAACAAGGGCAGGAUGCUAUGAGAGCCAGAGUUGCCUACUGACUCUACUAGAGUUGGCACACCCAGAAUCCUUUUGUAUAGCCAUGCUGUCUCAUCACCACCUCCUGCGGCAUACACUCCCCAUUGCCACAGUCCUGGCCCUGCUCUCCCAGGUGUUUAUGUGCAGGACACAAUCCAAAUCAUAAGCCUGUUGUUUGCCUGCCCCCCACAUUUCUGCCAAUAGGGAGGGCACCCCCACACAGCCAGAGGGGUCCCCCUCAAAGGGGAGGGGCCCUGUGUCUGUAGAAAGCAAAGCUGACAACAUGUGGAACAUCUAAGAAUUAUGACUCUUCUAGGUUUAAAAUACAUUCUCCUUCCGAGGAGCAGACGGGUCAGUUGCUGUGUUAUGAAUGAUGAGUCUUCUUUGUACAGGAAACCCAGUGCUGUCUACACCAGCUUCUGAAGCAUGAGAGCCUGAGCUGGGGUCAUGUGUUCUGGACCUGGCACAGGGGAAGGCUGGGGAUACGGGCAGCCUGCUGGCUGAGACCAGUGGCAGUGCAGCAUCUUCUCCCCAGUGUGCGAGGGGUCCCUGCGUGGGCUCACUCUGGGCACGCCCUGUUCCCCUCAGAUGACAGUCCUCUAGAGCUAGCUGUGGAAACCUGUAAGUGUUUACGUUCGGUAAGAGCCUUUCUUCCUGUGGUUAACUUAGAGCUGAAGCUGCUCCCCGAAGUAGUGCCUCUUACUCCUGCGCUGCCUCGGGGCCAGGUCUCAGAUAUGAUGUUGAGCUGCCUUGAGAUUAGGGAGCUCGCUGCACCAUCAUGGUAAAGCCUCCCGGCCUGGGGACUUCUCGUGCCUGCCGGCCGGUGGCCCAAACUAUUUCCUCAGGCCUCCUGAUGCUGUCGCAGAGUCCGUCUGAGAUGGUGCCCAACAGGACCAUGGUCAGGACCAUGUCUUUUCCCGCUUUGAACAGUGCUUCCUGUGGUUGGUGCCCUUUGCUCCCUGUAGCCUCUUAGCCUCAGUCUUCUGGAACAUCUCUGAUAACCUCAGAGAUGGGUAGUGUUGAUCAGAAUGUAGGCCCUCUUAUGUUGGAAGAGGGAAAUGUAGGUUUAUAUAUCUAUCUGAUGUUAAAACCUCUCAUAUUCUUUUAAAGAGUUUAAUUUUUAUUUUUAACAGACAUUUCAGUAUAUUCACAUCCCUCUCACAUUUGCUGAAAGUGAUAUAGGAACAAAGAAGGAAAACGAUAUUUAUUUUGCACCUCCUGUAAGGUGGCAUGAGCGAGAUCCUUCCACAAUCCUUACAACAGACACUGUUAUCUCCAUUUUGCAAGUCAAGAAAGUAAGACUCAGAGAGGUCAAGUAACCUGCUUUAGUUCACAUGGGCUAAGAAUUGAGACUGUCUGUCUGCCUAAAUCCACAGUUCAUUAUUUUUCACUGCUCAAGAUGGCUUCUCCCAAUUUUAUUUUCUUUCUUAUGGGUAAGGAAACCUCAAAAAGUUUAGGUAGCUUCUCAGAAACUGUGGUAAAAACCGGCUUGGUAGCCAGUGACAGCAUCAAAGAGUGUGAGCUGGGGGGUCCUCCACAUGCCUCCAUUGAACUGGUGAGGAAGCAGAAGCCCAGAGUGUUUAGUGUUGUGUCAAGGGUCACAGAGCUAGAACCAAGUCAGUUUUCUUUUUUCUUUUUUUUAAAUUUUUAUUGGAGUAGAGUUGAUUUACAAUGUUGUGUUAGUUUCAGGUGUGCAGCAAAGUGAAUCAGUUAUACAUAUACAUAUCAAGUUGUUUUUCUUGAGUUCGUUUCAUGGCUUAUCGCAUUGCUGCCACAUGUCCUGGAUUUUCUGGAAUAGUCUUUGAAUGUUUUGCCUGCCAGAAACCAAUGAUUCCCAAAAGCCACUGACCGGUCCUAGAGACUCCAGCAGUGGGCAUCCCAACAUCAUCCCUCAUACUGCUUCUAAAAAUGACAUAAAACUUGAGCCUGGUCUUUUGUUUGGAACACUUGAUCCCUUUGGAUGAGCCACAGUAAUUGUUCAUUAACUACUUGAGGUUGCCUGCAAAUCCAGCUACCUUUCUUGCUUGUUAUCAGCAAAGCCAUAAACUUUUUUGAAAAAUAAGAGGAAAUCCUCAUUGGCCUUUUUUUGGAGAGGGAUACAAAUACUGCUGCUGAGAGAUGUUGGUUAUGAAAAUAGGGGCCAGGUUUGAAUUUGGGAGCCCUUGGCCCUGGAUGGUUUACAAUGAGGAUUUCCUGAAGUGGUACAGAAUACUGGGUUUUCAGUGUUCACUGCCACUGACAAAAAUCUAAUAUUUCUCCAUUAUGCAAUUUCUCAGUGCUUGGUGGAUGCCAGGCUCAGUUCUGGGCACUGAAGGUUGUGAGCAGUGAGGCCCUGCCUCCUGCAGCUGUCUCUGCUGCGCAUCUCUGAGUGCUCAGGUCGCAUCUGACUGGCAGCCUGAAUUUGUGGAGACUAGAGUCAGUGACUUUGUGUUUUAUGGAAUAUUUAAAGGACAGUAACCCGUUUCCCAACCCCAGCUGACCCCAUCAUGCUCUGCUGUCUAUGCUCCAAACAGCCUGUCUUCAAGCUGCUAGAACAAAAAUACCAUAGACUGGGUGGCUUAAAUAACAAACAUUUCUCACAGUUCUGCAGGCUGGUCAAGAUCAAUGUGCCAGCAGAUUUGGUGCCUAGUGUGGGCCUACUUCCUGUUUCACAGAGGGCCAUAUUCUUGCUGUGUCCUGAAAUAAUGAAGAGAAAGCUCUGGGCUCUUCAUCCCCUUAUAAGGGUGUCAAUCCCACCAUGGGGUCUCCACCCCUGUGACCUCAUCCAAACCUAAUUACCUCUCAAAGGUCCCAUCUCCAAAUACCAUCACAUUGGGGAUUGGAUGUCAACAUAUGAAUUUGGGACACAAACAUUCAGUCCAUACGUACCCACCUUUCUGCUAGGCCUGGUCAUGGCCCUGUGCUUGUCACAUUAAGGAUUAAGUCAGCUAUCUCGAGUCUUCUCAAGUCCCUGUUAUUCAGGCCUCUGCCACUUACAGAGCCAGCCUUUCCUCCCCACCACCUCCACCUCCAUGGAGCCAACCUAGGGAAGACCUCUCGGGCCCCAGCUUCACCAGGAAAGAAACCAGGGGAGUAUGGCUGAAACCAGGCUGCUGGCUAAGUCCUGUCUCGUGGACCAGUCUUUAGUAGGGGAUUUCCUUAGUGUGGUCCAUGGGUUUCCAAAUAGGAUGCAACAGUGAUCAGUGCCUGAAGAUAAAGAUCAAGAGAGAGUGUGAUAGCCAGGACAAGAGCCAAUGAGGUAUGGGAGUCACCUGGGGUGGGGUGGGGAUGUCGUCUCCUAGCAAACAUCCUGGUCUUCAGCUUCCCGAGUCUCCUGCCCUACCCAUCUCCUUGUGGUCAUCGGGAGCCUGGUGUCCACAUACCUGUGUGUACCAGAACGUGGCCAGUGCCCGCAGGUGGACAAAUGGCUGAUCUCAUGGUUAAAAUGUUGCCCACUGGGGAGCACUGGAGGAUGCUACAUCUGCGAUGUCUGGCAGCAGUUGGCAGGUAGACGGGCCUCCUAUAAGGCAGUAGUUCCAUGGAAAUGAUUAAUCUUUUCCAGAAGACUGUUCAAGUUCUUUCCUAUUUCAAUGAAUUAAUGUUCUGAAAAGGAAAUUCACGUGGUUCAAAAUUUAAGGUAACAAAAGGCUGUUCAGCCAGACUCUCACCCUGUUCCCCCAAACCACGGAGCACCCACCCCCAUCCCUGGAAGCAACAAGUGUUUCCAAUUUAAAAGAUUAAGAAACAAAGCCCCUGGAUUUUUAUUACUGAAACUGAGAGAGUGUACUUUCCUCAAAGAGUUCUGUUCCAUUUGACCUUGGUGGUUGACCUCAGUCCACUACAAUCCUGCCGUCCUCUGUAGAGAGAGAGGCCUCCCAGACCACCCCGUCCUUGCUCUGCCUCUCUGUUUUCCAUGGCACUCUGAUGUCCUGUGUGUUUGAGUUGUAGUUUUUAUCUCCCCUACUAGGAUGUACGCCCCUCAAAGGCAGGGAUUUGUCUCUCCUGUUCAGUGCUGUGUCCCAGCUGCUAUGACCAGUGCCUGGUAUGUACUGCUCAAUAAAUAACUAUUGAAUGAGUGAAUAGUUGAGACAAAUGGUAACUCAUUCUAACAGCAACUUGUAGCUUAUGCUCUCCAGGGCCCUAUACUCAGUCAGCAUUUGGGGAAAGAACCUGGGUAAUGGCAUUGGGAACAGCCUAUAGGGAGGGACCAGGUGAUGGCCUGUGGAGGAUGAGGGAGAGGAGAAAGGCAAAGCUGAUGACAGUGGAGCCCACGUGACCAGAGGACCAGCGAGGGAGAAAGACCAGAGGUUGGGUGUGGACAUGUGACACGAGUUGCCUGAGAGUAUCUGGGGCACAUGUCCACCAGCCAGCUGGGAACCUGGGAGUGGGCAGAGAGGAAAUGAAUGUCCAUCCCAGAGAGAUGGUGGUUGAAGCCAUGUGGGCGAGCUAUGUGGCCAAGAGGACUCAGCCUGUGGGCAGAGAAAGGGAGAUGAGAGUCUAGACAGAGGGGCAACUUCAAGUCGCCGGAGGACUUUCAGUGGGAAGGGCCCCUGCUGAGAGGCCAAGGGGUGGGACUUAGAAGAGAUGACCUUUCUUGGUCUUGCCAUUGCUCCUCCACCCCAAGCCCUCUAAGUGAGGCAGCGAAAUGAGGGAACUUGGAAGGGGUGGUUCUAGCCUAGUGGUGGGGUGGGUCUCACCCACAAGGUGGUUGUAUAAGAGUGUGUGUCACAAGCUAGCUCUGAUGUACAGAGCCUUCGGAAGGUCAGUGACCACAUCCAUAAAGGGGUACCAAUAGCUCCUGCCUUAGGGCACUGUUUGAGGGUUAACAGAAUUGAUGAAGACCACAAGGGACUCCAUAAACACUGGCUGCUGUCAUCAUUGGGAUUUUUGCAGAGGGAAUGGGAGCUGAAGUAGAUGCAGUUAGCUGGGAGAGGUUUGGUGGUGCUGGGAAGGAGAGACGGACGUCUGUAGUGCUCAAGUCCUGGCAGAAGGCCUCAAAGGUGGGGCUGCAGAGGGAUGAUGGGGACAGUGGAUGCUGGCCUGGCCCCACCAGUGGCCCAUAUCUAGAGGCCACUGGUGGAUAAAGCUGUAGGGGAAGUGGUGGAAUUUCUGGAAAGUGAAGCUUCCCUUACAGUGAGGAGGUUGAAGACAUAGAAGAGCGAGCUUGGGAUUGGUAGGACCGGAAGCGUGGGGGACAGAGCCUAGAACUCCCUUCCCCCAGAGUCAGGGGGAAACGGAGAGGUCCCAAAGACACAGUGGGAGGAGUCAGCAUUUGGCCAGGACAGGGGUGAGGGCCUCUGGCCAAGCAGGCCUGGCCGAGGGUUGGGUUCCUAUAGGGACUCCACGCUUCCUGUGAGAAAUGGGAUCUUUAGGCUUUCUCAAGACCAAACCUUACAUUUUUUUUCAACUCUGAUAUCAGCCUGGCCUGAGGGCACUUGGGUAUAGGGGUGCCCUCCCCUCCCGCCUAGGAUUGGACCACACUUUCAAGAGGGCAGGUUGGGGGUUAUUUUCUGUAUUGGUGAUGAUGAAUGCCCUUUACAAACCCAUGGGAUAAAGGCACAGCUGAAAUGACAGAAAAGAGGAGGUACAGGUAAAUAUUUAUUCAUUUAUUAUUUUAAGAGUUCAGCUAUUGAACAUGUUACAAAAGAGGUUCAGUCAAAAAGCCCAAAGCCCGUGUCAUCAUCAGACUCCUCAGAGUCUUCUUUCUUUGCUGCCACUGUCUUUUCAGCUGGGGCAGCAGUGGUGGAGGCGGCAGGACCUCCUGCUGGUGCCGCCCCAGCUGAUAGGCAGGCCCACCAGCCCCUGCCUUGCAGAUGAGGCACCCGAUGUUGGCACUGGCCAGAGCCUUUGCACACAAUCCUGGCCAGAAAAGGUCAACAUUUACACCAGCUGUUUAAUGAGGGCGUUGAUCCUCCGUGACUAUCACCUCAUAGUUGUGCAAGAUGAGGGCCGAGUAGAGGCAGGUGAGCUCCGAGACGGAGGCCAUGGUACAAGCGAAUGAGAGGCGUUGUGUGGUGCUAGUCGCCGGAUUAAGUGAGGGCCUCACCCCAAUGCAACCCAAGCUUCCUCGGAGGGACUGAGCACCCUAGCGGCAGCUGAGGAGAGGCAGCCAGGUGAAUUUUUCAAAGACUGGGAUCCAUUGACUCCCCAGGCUCAGGUGACAUUCAAAAUAUUUACCAACAGGUCUGUCUCAGGCACCGACAACUGGAGGUACCAGAUGGGGGCUUGGGGAUGUUACUGGUGGUCCAUGAUGCUUCUGCCACCAGGCCCUACCUCUCCUGUGGUAACAGAGAGGAGAACCCAGGAGGUUGCCACACCUGCAGCUGCUGCAGUUUGCUCCUGUGCUGGCCUGGGUAGGACCCUGUCGAUGGCAACUGCGGCUUGGUGAGUCAGUGUGCCUCUUCCCGCUGGGGCCCUGAGGUGGGAGGGGCAAGGAGCCUCCUCGUACCCCAUCCCUAGACCCUUACAAGCUGAAAGUGAAACUGGAGGCCAAGAGACACAAGCCCAGGGCAUGCCCACCGCAGAAGAUCACCGCCUUUGCCCUGGGCAGCCUGGCACUGAAGCUUUCCUCCAACCUCCCAGUUCUGAGCCCUUGGCACUGGUCGCCCUUCCCUUGACCCCUCUCCAAGCCUCCGAGUGGCUCCCCAGCUGGCCGCGGGCCACACGAAUCUUACUCUGGCGGGCAGGCCUGAGGUCGCUGCAUGCCAAAGAUGGCAAUAUGUACAGCCUGGAAGGUAAUCCUCUCUUGCUAGGAAAGUGCUUCUCUAACUGAGGCAAGCUAGGAUUUGAACUGCUAACUGCUAAGCCAGCUUUUCUGGAACUCCUUUUGUGUGUCUGGGAGGUACAGCUAGCUGGUCCACGAGGAGGUGGCUCCCGUUCAGAUGCUGGACUGUGCACUCUGGGGUGUUUUCUGCUGAAAUUCCCUCUCGUUUUUUGAUGAGUUUCCCAGCCUCUACCUGCCUCUUCUCCACCAACUGGGGCCUACCUGGGCCCUAUGAAGUGCCAACCAACCCAUCAGCUGUUUAUUGUGCACGAUGAUGUUACAAGAUUGGAAGGAAAUCCCUGGGUCCAAGGUCUGUGCCAAACAGGCAAGUGAUACAGUGAUGCUACCUGGCAUUGCGCUGUGCCUGGCACAGGUUGGUGGCCCGCAGCGGGCCGUCCUUUCAGGCCUCUCCCUGAGCCGCAGUGCUCAGGGUUACAACCCUUUCCUAUCAGGUCACCCACUCCCAGCUCCAGCCCAGACCUGGUGAGCUGCUCUUGGCUCCCGUGGCCCCAGAAAGGCCUCAGACUCCAGGCCGGGCCGGGCCUUGGCCCUGGCCAUCCCCUCUGCCUGUCUUCAGGUCUUUCUCACUCGCUCGCUUCAGGAGAGUCUCUGCACAAAUGUCGCUGUCAGAGGACUUCCCUGCCCUUUACUAUUUCUCAUGGCACUUAUCACCUGACGUGAUAGUGUUUGUAAUGUCAAACUCUGUUCUUUUCACUAUUUUUUGCUGCUGUUUUGCUGUGCCUAGCACAGUGCCUGACCCACUUUAGCUGUCAGGUAAAUAAAUGAUUGUUCAUGAAUGAAUGAA